AGGCUUAGGUUGAGUUAUGCUAUGAAGCUGUAUUGCUCAAUGCCUAUAUACACACCUUUUUUCUCAUAUAUGUAUAUAUGUUAAACCAUCCCCAGGGCAUCACCUUUGGCAUCUAUCACUAUACGCAACCUUUUGCUGUAUACUACAAAUGAAAAUUGGCAGGUUGUAAAUCUUAAAGAGGCGCGGGACUUCUCCAAUAAUGAAAAGUACAUCUAUGUGUUCAAAAAACUUGAAUGGGAAUCUUUGUCUAUUGAUCUCCUGCCUCAUCCCGAUAUGUUUAUGGAUGCAAAUUUUUCUCAAGAGAGAGGAAGCCAAAGAGAUGAUGAUGGUGCAAAGCGAGUUUUUUUUGGCGGAGAGCGCUUUCUUGAAGGAAUAUCGGGACAAGCUUAUAUCACAGUGCAAAGGACUGAACUAAACUGUCCACUUGGGCUUGAGGUCCAGUUACAUAUUACAGAAGCUGUUUGUCCUGCAUUAAGUGAGCCAGGACUACGUGCUCUUCUACGAUUCUUGACUGGAUUAUAUGUCUGUUUAAAUAGAGGAGAUGUUGAUUCAAAGGCCCAGCAGCGAUCUACUGAAGCAGCAGGACGUUCUCUAGUCUCUAUUGUUGUGGACCACAUAUUUCUCUGCAUUAAAGAUGCUGAGUUCCAGCUUGAACUUUUGAUGCAGUCACUCUUAUUUUCACGGGUAUUUUUUAAUGACUUACUCAACUUCUUGGUGACAUCAUCUUACUGUUUUAUCCAAGUUUUUUUUGGCUAAAAAUCAAUCCCAUCU